AGACCAAGGUAGACAAUGUUGCAAUAGGUCUUUUAAAACAAUCGUUUUAUCUGUAGAAUCAUGUUUAGUUGAACAGGUGGGCGGCGUUUUUGACCAAUCAGAACCAAUGUUUAGUAAAUUGUAAAGAUAUACAUAGAAAAACGUUUUCUCAAUGAGUUAAAGGACAUCUUAUUAUAUGACACAGACGAUGGAGAAUGUACGCUAUUACUAUUUUCCUUGUGACUUUGGUAGCAGGAACCAAUGUAAGUGCACUUAAAAUAUGUUUAAAAAAUUUUAAAAAAUCAAAGCAAAAGCAUCAGAAAUAGCUAACUUAGAUUUAUCUAAGUAAGCUAUUUCUGAUGCUUUUGCUUUGAUUUUUUAUGUAUAUGCAACAAAAGGUAUAAUGAAUAUUUUUUUAAAAUUAUUAACUAUAUAAAAUUUUAAAAAGUAGAUGUUGCUAUUCAUUUGUAUGGAUAAGCAAAGUUUUAUUUUAAACUUUUGCAAUUGAUUAUUUUGUAUAAGGCUUUUAAGAAAGCAAUUUUCUGGGUAUCAAUAAUUCAUAAAUAGUGCCUGCUCCUUAUUGAACGUUAAACAUUUUUGUUGUGUUGAACACUUGAUACGUCCCAGUCUCACUCAGACUCUACACCCUGCGGUCCCCGGACAAUUUGAGAUUGAGACCCCUGGGUUAUAUGUAGGAGUUCAAGUCUAUAAAUAAGCAUUUAUUAGUUAUGUUCGUGGGAACAGAAAUACAAUAUCUUUAACCCCAAUUAUAUUAAAAAUUUAAUAUUUUGUAUUUAUUUUAAUUUGAAAUAUAUAACAAGACAAUUUAAAUAUGCAUAAUCGACAAUUCUAAGACUAUGUAGUGGGAUACUAGACGGCUAAUACUGUUGGGAGCAAUUGUUCCACAACUUUCUAAUGAUGCGACACUUCAAUACCAUACCUCAUGUUGCCGUGACCCGAAACUAUAACAUUUUUUUGUAGUUGCUACUUUAUAAAAAUGUGUUUUUCAAUGGUCUUAGGUGACACAUGUUAGGGGAUCGAAUGACCCUUGGGGAUCUAAGACCACCGGAAAGCAAAUAUUUAUGAAAUAGCCAGGAAAAUAAUUUAUGGAAAUGUAUUAAAGGGUCGCGGCAUCAAAAAGUUUGAGAACCACUGAUUUAGAGGAUAUGAAUAAAUUGUCGAAACUUUCUCGUGAGGAUCCAAUUCAUCAAGGCCCGAUUCAGUUACGGGCGUAACAAGAAGAUUUUUUUUAGAUAUUGAGACAGCAAGUAGAACGUGCAGCAGUACGUCUACAAUUAUUACGCCGUGUCAAACGUGUCAUGACGUCUAGUAAAAGAUUUCUUGAACCAUUACCCAGACGACAUGAUAAAACACAUUAUGAUGAAAAUUGGGAUAUCAAAAAUCAAAUUCAGAUGCUAAAAGUCCACCAUAAAGCAUCGUGCCUGAUUACUAGACUUCUAACAAGAAGUAGGGAACAAUAUUGAUGCUCAAUAUGUAACACAGUUUAAAAAAGGGGUGGGGGAUAUUCAACUAAACCUAUAAUAUAUAACAAAAAAAUUUACAUAAUCCUUUCCUCUUCCACGUAGUACUUUAUGCAUUUAGAAUCAUUCUGUAAUUUUAGUCUACAUAGGGCAGUUCUAAAAACAUCUUUAUUUUUUAAUUUCGGUAAUACUUUUCAACUUUUAUACAAUUAAUUAUUCCCCAAAGUUCAAUAUGUUAAGUUCUAUUUAUAUUUUUUACAUUAAUUUCUGUAUACAAUGAUUUCGGUGAUUACUUUGAUAUGUUUAAUCUUCUUUAUGCUUCUUCAUACUUUAAAAUAAAUCUAAACUAUUUUAAAGUAUUAAGAAAAAAAAAAUAUUUAUCCUUUGCUUUAUUUACUUAUGUAAUUGUUGUUUUUUGUUGUUCCUAAAGAUUGAAAAUUACUCAUGAACACAUUUUAACAGACGCCGUACACACGUAAUUGUUAUAUUUUUACAGAUGUUGAAAAUGUGUAUCUUAAUUGAUUUGCCCUUUCCUUUAGGGAUUGGUAGGCAAGACAUGCAGGUUUUCCUUCGACUGUGGGGAGGAUGAGUGUUGCCAGCCUAUUGGGUCAAAGAGAUUUCUGGAAGACCUCAUACAGAUUGAGCCCAGAUUAGGUCAGUGCUGAUGUUUAACUUUCAAAUGUUCACUCUGUUAGCGUAACAUGGAUUAAUCAUUAAAACGGAUGAAAAUAGAGAAUUAGACUAGCUUCGUUUAUAACCUUAGAUGCAUUACUAGUUAUUUAAAUAGCCAUUAUAAAUAACUAUAUUUAGAACGUCAGAUACGUUAGUACUUAUUUCAAUAACGAUCAUAAAUGUUUAUGCUUUUAAACAAUGCACAUUAAUACUUCCAUACACACCUUCUAUAAAUACGUUGCGAUUAAAAUUAACUGAAACCAAUAGAUUUCACAAUUGUUUAUACGUUUCCAACAAAAUUUGAUUUGCUCAAAUGACAAAAUAGUAUAUAAAAUACAUUUAUUCCAUAUUACCGACUCAGUAAUAUUCAUGAACUAAAUUGAAACCAUUAAUUACGCAUUAUUUUGUGUUUCAUUUUAUAGGUAUGUGCCAAAAAUUCAGUUUAGAAGGUCAAGGUUGUACCAAAACUGGGGGAUGUCGAUGCGCAUCUGGCCUAGAAUGCCAUUUCUUUGCAGACGACUUCUCUACAACAACUGAAGCCUCCAUUAUGGCCUACAUACUAAAUAAUGAGCACCAUUACAGGUGUACGCCUGUCCAAACGUGAUUCGUUGAUCGAGUGACGCUGUGUCAGUCGAGUUUAAAAUAAAAAUAAAACAUUCCUGUAUUUCUUUAUUACUGUAGAAAUUUCUUUUGGGUUCUCAUAAAUUUAUGAAUAAUCUUUUAAGGAUAUGUAUUUGCUAAACUCUCUCCUUCGAAAUCUUUAAAAUAGCUAUGUAUAUCGCUAGAAAUAGAAAAGUUAGUUAAUAGAGAGCCUAAACAAUUGGAAAGCUAAUUCAAUGAAAUAUCCACAGCUGUAUUAAAAUUAAAGUUUCAGCAA